AUGAUGGCAGGUUCACAACCGCUAAUCGCAUUGCAGUCAGCUCAAAACUCCGCGGGAAUCCAGACCCUUCUGGAUGCCGAACGUGAAGCUCAGAAAAUUGUUCAACAAGACCGAACAAAACGAGUAAAAGAAGCCCGGUCAGAAGCACAACGCGAAAUCGACGAGUACAGGAAACAAAAGGAAGAAGAAUUCAAGAAAUUCGAGGCAGAGCACUCGAGCGGAAAUAAGAAGGCUGAAGAAGAAGCGAACAAAGAAGCCGAAGCCCAACUCGCAGAGAUCAAAGUCGCUGGUCAGAAAUCCGGCGAUAAGGUUAUAAAGGAUUUGAUUAAUGCUGUUACUGAUGUGAAGCCGGACACGUGCCUUCACGUCUAUUUUAUAGUGAACCAGCAAUCUCUUGUUCGCGACGUUCAAACCGAUAAUCAUCAGGUCCAUUACUGGGAGCACAGCUCAAUCGACUCCUUCGUUGUCCGCGAACCCAUGGUCCUCGGUCACGAAUCAUCCGGCGUAGUGAGCAAAGUCGGCUCAAAAGUGACUACCUUAAAAGUCAGCGACCAAGUGGCCAUGGAACCCGGUAUUCCCUGCCGGCGACGCGAGCCCUACAAAUCCGGUAAAUAUCAUUUAUGUAUCAACAUGGCCUUUGCCGCUACGCCGCCGUACGAUGGGACAUUGACGCGGUAUUACAGGUUGCCCGAGGACUUUUGUUACAAACUUCGCGAGAACAUCCCCCUCAAGAAAGGAGCGCUGAUUGAGCCGUUGGGUGUUGCGGUGCAUGUUGUCAAGCAAGCUGGUGUAGUACCGGGAAAUUCAGUGGUUGUAUUCGGUGCCGGUCCCGUGGGAUUAUGUACUAAGUAUGUACCGAGGCCGGUAUGA